AUGGAUCCAUUCGGAAGCUUUGUAUUCGGCACUGACAGCAAUGUUAGCCAGCUUAUCUUCCACUGGGACUCUUUCAUCCUCCAGCCUGUAGGCGAGACACAUGAUAGCCAUCUGUCAGGACUCAGGAACGAGGCCUGGCAAAUGCUUGUGGAUUCCUUCCAGGACAUUUGCCGUGGCUACGCCUUCUUGGCCUGUGCAGCAAAAUUGCGCGCUACAACGACCAAGUCACCGGCGAUUGCUGCCCUUGCUGAACAAUAUCGUCACGUUGCGUUGAUUGAUUUGCGACAAAGACUUCAGAGAGAGGGCGUGACCGACGAUGCUCCCGGCUGCAUGCUUUCUCUCAUUAUAGCAGACUUGGCCAAUGCUGACUCUGACUCGGCAAGAGUUCACAUGAGAUUCCUGAAGAAGAUCAUACAGCCAGCCGAUGGACGGCGCGUAUCGAUCCCUCCGGGUGCUGGACAUAUUCUGCUGUGGCAGGAUAUUCAGGUGGCAACCUUGUCAUUGAAACGCCCAUUGCUGGAUCUCGAGCGGUGGGAGCGCGAGCAAAGUCCCGGACUGUGGCUUCCCACAUCUCCAACAUUCCGAGCACAGCUGGAAGCAGGCUCACAGGUAGAUGGUGAUGCUUUGGCUGAUCCGUAUCUGGAACGCUUGUUUCAAGAUGCGAAGAAGUAUGGUAUGGUCCUGCAGUCACUUUAUUCCGAUCAAGUCCCGCUCUCCCGAACAAAUUCCCGUAAACUGUCAACGGGACUGCUUCUAUUAUGCGGUCGACUCCUCGCCUACUAUCUGGAUCGAUGCGAAGCCAGCGAUUACUUCGAUGGAGGAGUCGACGCCGAUCUAGCGAACAUACAGGCCGCCGCAGCCAGCCUGACCGCAAUAUAUUGGGUCCGUGCAAUGACUAGGGAUGAAAUGGGUCCCGUACGACAUGCUUUGGAUUUCGACUACAGCAAUUAUCAUGCUGGUCCCAACCUCCUUGAGCGUCUCGGUCAGCUGAUACAAGUCUCUGAGGCGGCCGCCAACCGGCUUGUGGAUUCUUAUCAAGCCUCGAAACCGAGAGAGACAGCUAUACCCCGCGAGCUCCGUCUACGACUGUGGAUUCUCGAUAUUUGUGCAUAUAUCGAGCGCUCCUCUGGCAAGACGAACAGCGGCACGCAUUACCAAGAUCGAUUGUCCGCGCUGCUCCUGGCAACUGGCACGGAGGACAGGAUUUUUUUCCAAAAUGAAGUCAUUGACGGAUUCCUAUCACUGAACAGCGAUACCGUGCUGGGUCCCUUGUGGUUUGUACCAAUUUUUAGGACUGCGGCUCUUGCGAGGGAUGAAGGAGAAGCACCCGUGUCAGUUAGAACAGUGAUCAAGACAGGGGAAGACACUUCACGGUGGACGCGUUUCGCAGAAGCUCUGUAA